AGUCGUUGGUGCCGCGUACACAAAAUGCCCGGCGCGGGCUGCGCCUAAAACCACACAAAGACGACGAUGGGCCGCGGCGACGAGCGCGUCCUGCGCAUGGCGCUGCGCAACGUCCUGCGGGCCACCAGCCACGAGGACGCCCUGGGCGUAACUCGGGGCUGCCCCGCGGCGGACGUGACCGAGGCCUACCGGGACAUGGCCAUCCUGUGCCACCCCGACAAGGUCGCGGCCGGUCUGCGCGGCGAUGCGGGUGUGGCGAUGUCGCGGCUGAACGCGGCGCGCGACGCGCUCCUGAGCAAGAGCAGGGAGACAGCGCCGCCGCCGCAGCGCCUCCGCGUCGUCGCCCGGAGCGCGACGUCGCUCGACCUCGCCUGGGACGGCGCCGGGCCCUUCGAGCUGCAGUGGCGCCCGGCCUCCUCACCAAAUUGGCUCGGGACGCGCCUAUCGGGCAACGCGUGCCGCAAGAAGAACCUCGCGGGCGGCGCAUCUUAUACUUUCCGCGUCCGCGCCGCGGCGGGGUCGGCGUGGUCGCGCGUCGUCGCCGGGACGACGCUGCGGCACGCAAACCGCGCCGAGGGCGACGAGCUGCGGCGCGCGGCGCGGGAGCGGGUCGACGCGAAGCGGGCGGCUGCCGCGGCGCGCGCUGAGGCCGCGCGCCAGGAGGCCGCGCGCCGCCUCGUCGCGGAACGGGAACGCCUGGCGGCGAUGAAGGCGCAGGCGGCCGCGCGCCGCGUCGCCGCCGCCCGCGCCGGCUUCAGGAGCGCGGCUUCAGGAGCGGGCGAAUGCGGUGCCGCUCCGGAGCCGCCGGCUGCGCCUGUCGAACGCGGCGCCGCCGCGGAGCCACCGGCGCCGCCGGCCGCGCGGGACGCACGGUCCGUCGAGGCGCGCCCCCAAAAGUCAGCGAGCUGGCGUGCGGAGAAGCGCAUAGCCGAAGAACAACGCAUCGCCGCCGAAAAAGCCGCCGAAGAUAUGCGCCGCAAGGAGGAGGCUCGGAUCGCGGAAGCGGGCGAGGCCGCGCCGCGGGCCGCGCCCGUGACGCCGCCCGAGGGGCACCGUGACCAAGCCGCACAAGAAGAAGACGACGACCGCUUCGCGCACGAGCCGCCCUUCGCGACGAGCCCGCCGCGGAAACGGCCGCCGCGGGCCGAGGCGCCGCCCGUCGUGACGCCCCCGGCGACGCCGCCGGAGCCGGAGGAUGACAAGCCGGACGACAGCCGGCCCUUCUCGCACGCCAAGCCGCUGAGUCCGAUGCCGCCGGACGCACACGACAAGCAGCAAAAUUAUGUGAAGUGGUUCGUGCGGCCCCGCGCGCCGUCGAAAACGCAACAACCGCCGCCACACCGCGAAGUCCGCGCGCACCGGACGUGUUUAGAUCAUGCGCGCAUGGUCAGCUGCGUCGCUUCACUGACAAAGGAUAGGGUCGUGAGCGGCUCCUUCGACCGCACGCUGAAGAUCUGGAACGCUGAGGACGGUGCCUUGCUCAAGACGCUGAGCGGCCAUUCCCGAUACGUCCAGUGCGUCGCGGCGCUGGGCGACGACCGCGUCGUUUCUGGAAGUUGCGACGGCACGGCUAGAGUCUGGGACUGCGAUUCCGGGGAGUGCGUGCACGUGCUGCGGGGCCACUCGGCGCUCGUGACAUGUAUGUCCGUCCUCUCUGAUGAAAGAAUGCUGGUCACGGGCUCCUUCGACCACACGCUGGAGGUCUGGGAUACGUUAUCAUCGAAGAACGUCGGUACGUUAUUAGGUCACGCGGACCGCGUCUGGUGCUGCGUCGCUCUGGCGAACGACUGGGUCGUUUCUGGAAGUUUCGACUGCACGUUGCGGGUCUGGGACGUCGAGCAGGCGCGGUGUCUGUCUACCUUGAAAGGGCACCGGGACCGCGUGUGGUGUGUGGUGGCGUUGAGUAGAUGCAGGGUCGCGUCGGGGUCCCUGGACCGGACGCUGCGGGUCUGGGACUGUAUUACUGGAAAUUGUCUCGGCGUCCUCGAGGGGCAUUCCAGGGAGGUGCGGUGCGUCGUUUCAUUGAAGGACGACGUGCUGGCUUCGAGUGGCGACGACCGCUCCAUCAAAGUCUGGGACCUCUCCGAUUAUAAGUGUAGGCGCACCCUCAACGGCCACGGCCACUUCGUUACUGGUCUCGCGGUGCUCGCGGACGGCCGCCUCGCGUCGGCGUCGCACGACCGCACGCUGAAGAUCUGGGACGCCUUACAGGGGAGGCGCCUCGCGACGCUCGCCGGCCACGCGCACGUCGUCGAGCGCGUCGCCGUCCUCCCCGGCGGCCGCCUCGCGUCGGGGUCCCACGACCGCUCGCUCAAGGUCUGGAAGUUCUAA